AGUGGAUGAGCUAUAUGCUUCGAAUUAACCAGCAAGUUAGCUGCUCCAUGCUCCUCAACCGAUGGCGAUGACGAGUGAAGUGUGCUCAAAGACCAUUGACCGCGUAAGGAAUAGUAUUAAUAAAAAGCUUAUAGGUCAAUCAUCCCAUAUAUCCUCUAAUCAGUGCAUUUUCAAAGUGCCUAAUGAACUACGAAGCGUUAAUGAAAAGGCAUAUGAACCGCAGAUGAUUGCAAUUGGUCCUUAUCACCAUGGUAAACCUCAUUUGAUUGCCAUGGAAGAGCACAAAAUACGAUAUCUUCAGAGCUUCCUUCAACGAAGAAAUGAGAAUGAUGCAUCAAGGUAUGUCCAGAUCAUAGGAGAGUUGGAAGAAAAUACUCGUAGAUGUUAUGCAGAAACUUUAGACCUUACCGAAGAAGCAUUUGUAGAAAUGAUGCUUCUUGAUGGUUGCUUUAUUAUUGAGUUUAUAUGGAAAUUUUUUGAAACUCCUGUACAAGACCCUCUUUUUGGGUCGAUUCAUAUGUGGAAUAGGUUAAUGCUGGACCUGUUAUUACUUGAAAAUCAACUUCCAUUCUUCAUACUUUGGAAGUUGCUUGUCGCAAGCAAUAGCAAUGUGAUUCCAGACCCUGCAGAAAGCCACUUCAUUAAAUUGACUUUGUUGGCCUAUAAGAUGUUUCUACCAGGCCCUGUGUAUGGUCCAGAUCGAAUUCCUUUAUACAGCCGAGAAGAGAUAAUGCAAAUCAAGAGUCUACUGGGAUUACUACAUGACCACCGGAAACCUUCCCCCGAGAGAAUGGAUGCUUAUUUGGAAGGGAGAGAAAAUAUUAAAAGAUUUACACGCUGUGCCACAGAGCUCCAAGAGUCAGGGAUUAAGUUCGAGAGUUUAGAGGGAUGUAACUUGUUCGAUAUAAAGUUUGAAAAAGGAAUAAUCAAAAUCCCAAAAAUAAAAAUUGAAGAUAGAACAGAGUGUGUCUUGCGAAAUCUCAUUGCAUAUGAGCAGUUAACUUCUUCCCGAAGUCCAUACUUCACUGAUUAUAUGGUAUUCAUCGAUAGCCUCAUCGAUUCUGCAAAGGAUGUGGAGAUACUUUGUUGCCAGGGGAUCAUUGAGAACUGGAAGGGUGACGAUGACACCAUUGCUAUUCUAUUGAACAAGAUUGGGGAACAAGUCUUCUGCGAUAGGGCUCUCUACGCUGAUAUACAGAAAAAUGUAGACAAGCAUUGCAAAAGGCAAUGGAAUCAGUGGAUGGCCAAGUUAAGGCACGAUUAUUUUAAUGGCCCAUGGGCUCUCAUUUCCGUUUCGGCAGCUGCCAUUCUGUUCCUUCUCACCGGGACUCAGACUGUGUAUUCAGUUCUUUCUUAUUAUAAAUAAAUGCCAUGUUUCUGCUUCGUGUUGUCAUGGUAUUAUGGACACCUAUUUUUUCCCUUUUUUUU